GCGCGCGUGUUGGCUCCGCCAUGGCUCUGAGGCGCGUCUUCCUGCUGCGCUCGGCGGCACCACGUGCGCAGCCCGCCGCGAGCCCAGGGGCUGUGCGGGCAUGGGGAGCAGCCGAGGCUGUGCGGCGGCCCGUGCCAGUCGUCGACUUCAGCAACACGCAAGAGGCGUACCGCAGUCGGAGGAGCUGGGAACUGGUGCGCAACCUGCUAGUGCUGCGCCUGUGUGCGUCGCGGGUGCUGCUGGUGCACCACGAGCAGUUGUUCCACGUUACCAGGAAGCUUCUGGGGCAGAGGAUGUUCGACAGACUAAUGAAGAUGACCGUCUAUGGCCAGUUUGUGGCUGGCGAGGACCAGGAGUCUAUCAGGCCUCUGAUCCAGCACAACAAAGCCUUCGGUGUUGGCUCCAUACUGGACUAUGGAUUGGAGGAAGAUCUGAGCCAUGAGGAGGCGGAGCGCAAGGAGAUGGAGUCAUGCACUUCUGAAGCAGAGAGAGACAGCAGCGGCACAAAUAAGAGGGAGAAGCAGUAUCAGGUCCACCCUGCCUUUGGAGACCGCAGAGAUGGAGUCAUCUGUGCCCGCACCUAUUUCUAUGCCAACGAAGCCAAGUGCGACAACUACAUGGAGAAUUUACUGCAAACCAUCGAGGCCUCAGGUGGAGCCAGUGACGGUGGUUUCGCAGCCAUUAAGCUCACUGCACUGGGGAGACCGCAGUUUCUGCUGCAGUUCUCAGAUGUGCUGACCAGGUGGAGACGGUUCUUUCAUCAAAUGGCCGCAGAGCAGGGGCAGUCUGGGCGUGCUGCUGUGGACACAAAGCUGGAGGUGACGGUGCUCCAGGAAAGCAUCGCGAAGAUGGGCAUCGCGUCCAGGGCCGAGAUCAAGGGGUGGUUCACACCAGAGACGCUGGGAGUGUCUGGCACUGUGGACUUGCUGGACUGGAACAGCCUCAUUGACAGCAGGACCCAGCUCUCCAGGCACCUGGUGGUCCCCAAUGUGCAGACAGGCCAGCUAGAGCCCCUGCUGUCCCGGUUCACGGAGGAGGAGGAGCAGCAGAUGAAGAGGAUGCUGCAGAGGAUGGACGUGCUGGCCAAGAAAGCCAGAGAUGCAGGCGUGCGGCUGAUGAUAGAUGCUGAGCAGAGCUACUUCCAGCCGGCCAUCAGCCGCCUCGCCCUGGAGAUGCAGCGCAGGUUCAAUGUGGAUAAGCCGCUCAUCUUCAACACAUUCCAGUGCUACCUCAAGGAUGCCUAUGACAAUGUGACCAUGGAUAUGGAACUGGCUCGCCGUGAGGGCUGGUGUUUUGGGGCCAAGCUGGUACGUGGUGCAUACAUGGCCCAAGAGCGUGCCAGGGCUGUGGAGAUCGGCUAUGAGGACCCCGUCAACCCUACAUACGAGGCCACCAAUGCCAUGUACCACAGGUGCCUGAACUACGUCCUGGAGGAGCUGAAGCGCAACCCCAGGGCAGAGGUGAUGGUGGCUUCCCACAAUGAAGACACAGUAAGCUUCACACUCCGCAGGAUGGAGGAGUUAGGCCUGCAUCCUGAUGAUGGCCAGGUGAGCUUCGGACAGCUGCUGGGGAUGUGCGACCAAAUUAGCUUCCCACUAGGUGAGCUGGGUUGUCCUGGGUGUGUGCAGGGGGGCGGGAGGCACACCGUGAGCGUGGGCCUUCAUAGCUGUGUGUGUGCAGGCCAGGCAGGAUUUCCCGUGUACAAAUAUGUACCCUACGGUCCUGUGAUGGAGGUGCUGCCCUACCUGUCCCGCCGUGCCCUGGAGAACAGCAGCAUCAUGACAAGGGCCCAGCGAGAGAGGCAGCUGCUCUGGCAGGAGCUCCGCAGGCGCCUGCGCACUGGCAACCUCUUCCACCACCCGGCCUAGUCACCGCAGGAACCAUGCCCACACCUACUCCACUCAACCUGUUAGCUCUGGGGCCUCAGGCAGGGCACAGCUUUGGGUGGGCUGGGAUUCCUUAGCCUAACCUACCCCAACAGGGUUCACCUUCUUAGAUCCAAGUCUUUGAGGUGCUGAGGUGGGGGCUGCCCCCGGGACAUCCUGCACCUCCAGGGGCAGACACUCAGGUAUGGGGUUGGCCAGAGUCACUGGGAGCUGACCCACUAUUCCCAGUGGGCACUCAUCACCUCCGCAGGCUGCAGAGCCCCAGUCCAGAAUACCUGCCAGGGUCUAACCCACCUUCCAAGACCCCGUGGUGGGCGGAGGGCAGAAGCCUGUUUAGUCAAUAAAUCAUGCUGUACUGAGAA